AUGGCAGCUGUGGUUUCUUCAAGACUAGUCUUCCUGUCUGCCAUAUGCACUCUCAUUGCUCCAGCCAUUGCCAACCGGCCAACGUUCCUUCGCCAAAACUGUUCUGAUAAGCAGGGUAACUACACCAGUGACAGUAGCUACAUGGGAAACCUGAAUCUCGUCCUCUCCAUCCUCUCCAACAACACUGAAAUUGAGUUCGGGUUCUAUUUUUCGUAUUAUGGGAAAAACCAUGACAAAGUCUAUGCAAUUGGACUUUGUAGAGGAGAUUUUAAGCCUGAUGUUUGCCCUAAUUGCCUCGAUGUCGCCAAAGAUUAUCUCACGCUACAGUGUUGUCUCAGUCAGAAGGAAGCAAUAGGAAGGCUAAGAGGUCGAGCUGCAGCAGGUGGUUCUCGCUGUAAGUUUGCAAUAGGAAAUGCACCAGGACAAAACUUCCAAGCAAUAAAUGCACUUGUGCAGUGCACACCUGAAUUGUCCGAGCAAGAUUGCAAUUAUUGCUUGAGUUUGGCUUUUGAAAAUUACUGGAAUUGUUGUGCUGGGAGAAUAGGUGGGAGAACUCUUAGACCCAGCCGUAAUUUUAGGUAUGAGAUCUACGGCUUCUACCACCCUGCUGCUGAUGCGCCAUCACCAUCACCAUCACCAUCGCCACCGCCUCUGCCUCCGCCUCCGCCUCCGCCAUCGCCACCGCCUCCACCAGGUGAGAAGAGUGUGGAAAAUCUCCAACUGCGAUCAUUAUAG